AUGGCCGAGGACAAGGCAGAAAACUGCACCAAAAAAAGACGUGUGCUCGUGUGGAACAAGGAAAAAUAUUUGCUCCUUUUAAAAGAAAUGGCUGCUGAAGGUGUGCUUCAGCACAAAGCAAAAUCAAGGGAGAGGGGCACAAGCUGGCUCAAUGUGGCAAACAAAAUGGCACCUAGUUUUCCAAAUGUUGAAACUACCUCACGGGCAGUAAGAGAUAGAUUUAAGACAUUGGAAAGAAAGCAUAAGUUCAAGAAUGCAGAGGAAGAGAGAGGAACUGGUCUGGGUGGGGAUGAAUUGACAGAGGAAGAGGAGUUGUUAGAAGAGCUUAUUGAAAUUGGUGAGGAAACUGAGAAAAGAGUUGAAGAAGAGAAUGAAGAAAAGAAAGCUUCAGUGGAAAGAGAAAGGGGGCAGGCAUUGGAAAUAAGGCAGAGAGCAAUGGAACGGAUUGGGGAAACAAGGAAACGGGAACAAGAAACAGAAGAAAAAAUAAAAAAAAGAAGAAAGUCAGGAGAAACAUUUGAUUGGUUGAAAGAGAAAGCUGCCAUGGAUAGAAAGUUAAAAGAGGAAGAACUGAAAGAAAGAAGGGAAGAAAGGGAGAGCCAAAAAGAAGAAAGGGAGAGCCAAAAAGAAGAAAGAGUUAUGUUUGUCCAACAGUUGAAGACAAUGCAGGAAACAAAUAUCUCACAGCUGACACAAUUCAUGCACCAACAAGAUCAACAGCAACAUCAACAACAACAGCAAUUCCACAUGAUGCAACAACAAAUGUUAGCAAUGUUCCAACAUCAGCAACAACAAACACAGCUUUUAAUGGAUCUUUUAAAAAAUGAGAAAAAAUAA